AUGAAAACUAAUGGUUUUAAGUUGAUGAGAUUAAUUGUUGAUGUUGGUGGAGAAGCUUUGAGAAUAACAUUGAGGAAACACAUGUCAGGUACUGAUUUAUUUUAUGUUUUAAAUGAUAGAAUAAAUCAUCGUAAGCUUUUGUCGCUAAAAGAGAAGCAAAUAAAGCAACAUCAAUGGGAUCUACUGUAUCCUCCUCCUCCAAUAUUACCAAAUGAAAAUAAGUUUGACAUUACUUUACUUUGUAUACUCCUGCGUAAUAUUUGUGGUUUAAAACCCCCACGUGAUCCAAUAUGGACGUCAGUAAAUGACCCCACUGAUGAUUCACCAGAAGCAGAUAUUACCCGUAUCAGGUUAUUUCGUAAUGAUCAUUUUGCUCACUUACCUGACACUUCAGUAAGCUGUGAUGAAUUUGAAAAUCAUUGGCUGGAAAUAAGCAAACCAUUAGUUCGUUUAGGAAUAAGUCAGGAAGAAAUAGAUACAUUGAAAAAGGAGUUAGUUGGUAAUGAAGAAUGCAAAAGAAUUUUGAGAGAAUGGGAUAGAUUAAACAGCGAUUUAACUGAUAUUAAAACUGAUCAGAGAGAUAUUAAGAAAACAGUGGAGGGUGUACAGAAAGAUUUACAGCAGGUAAAAGAUAGUGUCACAGUAAUUAAAGACGAAGUACAUGAAAUACGAAAUCACCCUCACUUAGGUCCAGAAGAAGAUAUUUUGACAAAAAACCUUGUUAGCUGUAACUUUGAAAGUGAUAUUAGGUAUCAUUAUGAAAAAUAUUUGCAUGGAACACGAGAAUGGGUUUUUAAAGAGUUUUUAGCUUGGUUUGAAGACGAAAAUUCUCAAAAUCGUGCAUUUAUUAUUUCUGCUGUUGCUGGUAUGGGUAAGUCUGUAAUUGCUGCUACAUUAUGUAAACGUUAUCCUCAAUAUUUGACUGCAGUUCAUUUCUUUCAACACAACAACAGUCGUUACAAUAAAGCCAAUAUACUUCUUCAAUCUUUAGCAUUGCAAGUUAGUCGUAAUUUUCCUGCUUACAAACAACUUCUUGUGAAAAAACUUUCAGAUGAGGUCUCUCAGCCUUUGAAUAACAUGAAUGUUGAAGGAUUAUUUUCUCUUCUUUUCACCGAGUUGUUUAAUAAUAUCUCAGAAGUUCCCAAGCGAAUGUUAGUUGUGCUGGAUGCCCUUGAUGAAUGUGGUUAUCCAGAAAGAGAUGACCUUGCUAAUUUGAUUGCUAAUCACUUACACAAACUUCCGCCUUAUUUUCGCUUUGUAAUUACAACCAGACCUAACGAAGUUGCUUUGAAUAAGUUCGAAAAAUUAAAGCCACUGUUCAUUAAUUGUAGCGAUGAUCGCAAUUUAGAGGAUAUUAAAUUUUUGAUUGAAAAAAGACUUGGCUUUACUGACAGCCUUUCUGAUGUUAAAAACAGUUUGGCAGAAAAAGCUGACGGACUUAUGUUGCUUGCAUCGCUUCUUACCAGUGAAGUCAAAAAUCAGGAUUUAUUGAAAGGUUUCAUACCAAAAGAUCUCAGUGAAUAUUACGAAAUUUGCUUAACAAGAUUAAGUAAGGAAUUAGAUUCGUUUCAUAUCAGUAACGAAAAGUUUCAGUCAAUUUUAAAUGUUCUGGCUGUUGCUAAAGAACCUCUUCCUUGGAAAAUGAUUGAUGACGUUCUUUGUUUGAAUUCGAAUCGCAUAUCACAUGGUGUUAGAAAGAUUAUCUCUUGUCUGUUUGUUACCAAUGAAGAAGGGUGUGUUUCGUUUUUUCACAAAUCCUUAAAUGAUUGGUUGUUGGAUGAUCGAGAACAUGAGUACUCAGUAAAAACUUCUUGUGGUCAUCGACUUGUUUUAGAAUUUUGCUUAAAAUCUUUGGAUAACCUCAAAGCUGGAGGUGUAAACCAUGACGUCAUUAAACAUGUGACAGUGAGGUAUUCAGUCAAGAAUUGGUUGCUUCAUUUACUUGAUAUUUCUGAUAAUGACUAUAUCGUUAAGAAUGUUGGUAAAUAUCUUGUUGACUUAGAAGUUUUAGUUGCUUCCGUGUUGGUUGAUGGUCGUCGUACUCUAGAAAAUUUUAAAGAAUUCAACAAACAUGAUGUGUACUUUCUUAUUUCUAAGAACAUUCGAUUUUUAUUUAAUGAAGUUUAUUCUUUAAUGACGUGGUCUUCUCUCUUUGACAAUGAAGUAGAUUUUUUGCAGCGCGUUGCCAACGAAGUCAAAGAUCUUUUCUCUCAAGCCACCACAAUGCUUCAAACACGUUUCAAAGAUUCACCAUAUCUAGAGUGCAGAGACACGGGUUUUGUAAAGUCUCGAUUAUUACGUUUAGAUCAAGAUUUGAUCUCUGUUGAUGUUUCACAAAAGCAUGAUUACGUCGUCUGUGGUUAUGAAGGAUUCAUCGUGCAACUUUUUUCAUUGAGAACAAACAGAUGUUUAUGGAUAAAAAAUAUUUCUGGUCAGUUUAAGCAAUAUGAAGUGGAUUACUUUAGCGUUGUCUUUCAUCCAUUCAAAGAUUUGAUUUUUGCUUCCCAGCUUGAUAAGAUAAUAGAUAUUCAGGGUAAAAUGUCCUCCAGUCCGUUCUAUUGUGAUGAUUCUACUUCUAAGUUCUUUACCAACAAAUGUCUUUCUAAAGAUAAGUACACAAUGGUCACUAGUUACAAAGAUACUUUUACAGUAUGGGACGUUAAGAAAGGAGAGAAGAAACGCAGUAUUAGAUGUAAUGAUGUGACCUUACUGUGUUUUUCUAGAUCUGGAAGAUAUUUGUGUGUUAUUGAGGAAGAAAGAGUGAUUCAAAUAUUUAAUGUAGUGAAUAAUUAUGAAACAUUGGUAUACGACGAUCAUUUACUGCCUCUUGGUUUGACUAAGUCUGGUGUUUUCUUCCCUGUUGGUUUUGAUUCUUGGUUUUGUAGUUGGUACUUUUUUUGGGGAAUGAAACCUUUAGUUAUAAAUCCCACUGGUGAGAAACUUCCAGACGUAAGUCCGGUUUCCAACAUUUCGGUUUUUCCUCUUGAUCCUUUCGAUGUCUACAAAUUAAGCUUUUCCUUUCAGGUUUCAGCA